AUGGAUGAAUCAAUUGAUAUGGAUAGUGGAAGUGAGGAUACUGAAAUAAAAGAUACAGAAAUGAAAGAAGAAACUCCAAAUGAAUUACCAAAACCAAUUCCUACUUCUACAACAACAACAACAACAACAACAACAACAACACCAACAUCAACUACUACUACUACAACAUCAACACCUAAAAGAAAAAGAUUAACAGAAGAAGAAAAACAAAAAAGAGAAGAUGAAAAAAAGAAGAGAGAAGAAGAUAGAAUUAAAAGAGAAGAAGAUAAAAAGAAAAAAGAUGAAGAGAAAAAGAAAUUAACGGAGGAGAGAGAAAUUGAAAAAAAGAAACGUGAUGAAGAGAAAAAGAAACUUUUAGAAGAAAAAGAAAUCAAUCGUAAAAAGAGAGAAGAAGAGGCAGAGAAAAAACGUAUUGAAAAAAAGAAAAAAGAAGAAGAGAUUGAAAAAAAAAAAGAAGAAAUUGAAAGAAAAAAAGGAGAGGCUGAACGUUUAAAAGAGGAAGAACAAAAGAAACAAAAAAAAUUAACUUCCUUUUUCUCACCAAUUGAAGCACCAAUUAAGCCACAAAAAUCAAAUUCUUUCAUUCAACCAAUUGAAUUACCAUCAAAUACUCAACUAUAUCAAUAUCAACUUCCAACCUAUUCAAAUAGUUAUGAAGUAUUUAAAGAAUCAAUCUCCUCCUCAAAUGAUACCAUUAAACUUGAAACCAAUCAAAAAAAAAGGGAUUAUUUCUCCAAAUUAAAUAGAGGAACACAACAUGGUGAACUUGGUCAAAGAAAUCAUAGAUUUAAAUUGAAAAUCGAUUCAUUACCAGGCGCAAUUAUGCAUCAUGAUUUGGUCUCAAGAUUAAGUGCUUUAAAGUUAUUGAAGUUUCAUGAUAGUUUUAGACCAUCCUACUAUGGUACAUUUUCUAAAACUAGUAAACAAAUCACCGCUAAGAACCCAUUCAAAAAAGAUUUAACUAUCGAUUAUGAUUAUGAUAGUUCUGAUGAAUGGGAGGAAGAGAAAGAUGAUGAUCAAGCUGAGAAAAUUACUUCUGCUGAUGAAAAAGAAGAAGAUCAAGAUGCUGAUGAAGAAGAAAAUGAAGAAGAUAGAGCUUGGAUUGAUGAUAUUGGUUUGAAUGAUGAUGAUGAUACUCAAGUUGAUAAUUCUACCAAUAUCUCUGUUAAUGAAAGAGUUUUCUCAAGAAAAAAUAAGAAAAAACGUUUUGAAGAAAAAAAACCAAUUAUACUUGAACCAUAUUUUAAUCAAUAUCCAACAAUUAUAAAUUUAAAUGUACAUAAUAAAAACAACAACAACAACAACUACAACAACAACAACAACAACAACAACAACAACAACAACAACAACAACAACAACAACAACAACAACAACAACAACAACAACAACAACAACAACAACAACAACAAUACAGAAAAUAAUAAUGAAAAUAGUAAUAAUAGUUUAGAAUUUUUAAAAAUAUUUACAAUUCAACCAUUGGGUCCAUUACCAAUUAAAUUAGAAAAACCAAUUGACCCAUUUUUGGCUUCAAAAGAAGAUAGAAGUUUUCCAAUCAAAGCAUUACCAACAUUUUUAUUUAUUAUGAAAACAUAUAAAUUAUCUUUUAAAAAAUUGGUUGUAAUUUUUAAAGCGAAUUUUCCAAAUAUUAAUCAAAGACAAAUUAAGGAUAUGUUUGAUGAGCAUUGUACUUAUAGUCAUAGAGUUUGGUCAUUGAAACCACAGAGCGAAUUAAUUUUUGCUCGAUCAACAAUUGACCCAUUAUAUCCAGUUCCUAAUAUUCCAAAACCUUCGCCAACCAAAAAAGAAAAAGAAAAGGAAAAACAAAUGUUCAAUAUAGGUUCCACAGAUCCAAAACUUUCUGGAUCACCAAACAGAUCAAAAUCAAAAAAGAAACCAAAUUCAGCACCAGUUCAAACAAAUUCUUUAUUGAAUUAUUUUACAAAAAUUGAACCACCACAACCUUCAUCACAACCACCAACUCAAACUCCACCACUACAAUCUCCAUCACUACCAUUAGAACAACCUUCACCACAAUCACAAUCACAAUCACAAUCACCAUCACCAAAUUCAUCACAGCAACAAUCACCAAAACAAGAAACUUCAACUCCAUUAAAGAAAUCACGUAAGAGAACUAAAACUGAUGUCGAAUUUGGGGAAACAUUUGUCCAUAUUGAGCCAAUUAAGUUUCCAAAACAUUAA